GUAAUUAUUCUAUGUGCACGAAUGCGACAUAACUUCCGGUGUGUGUACGUGCGGCGGCCAUAUUACACUUCCGUUCUUCAAGGGUAUUUGAAGGCACCAGGCUAGUCGACAUGUACCGGUUUGCUAAAUCUGCAGUUAACCUCGGCGGUCAGGCCGUGCGACAGGUGAGGUAUGGAUCCUCUGUCCGCCAGGACUUCCACUCCAAGUACGGCUUGGCCGUGAUGGUCGGAGGUGCAGCCUUCUGCACAGCUGUGUGGGGAUAUGUCCUGACUCAGACCGGCAUCGUCUGGAAUCUGUCACCAGUCGGGAAGGUCAUGCCCAAACCAUGGAGAGAGGAGUAAAGAGCCGCCAUGACAGACCUCCCUCCCAUCCAAGAAACCUUCUGGUUGUACAGAUGAACAAUAAAUAUCUGCGUUUUCAGACAGUGAAUGCCUCUGUUAAUUCCACCACGUUACUUUGUCCGAAUAAAUUAUGUAUGAUUCUACUGA